UAAUACAGUAGGUGGCGCUAAUACUCUGACUGUUUGCAAGUCGCCAUUGAAAGAAGAAGAAGAAGAAGCGCCAACUCUCAGAAAAAGUUAAUGGCAACAUGGCAAGUCACACCGAUCAUCUGAAUCAGGCAGCAGCGUUAAUAAGUAGCAUAUUAACAAAUGCGCAGCAGGCUCCCUCACCCGCCGGGAGGAGUAACUUCCACUCGGUAGAUGGAGAGAUAGCCACUCUUUUCCGCCAGGCCAACUCCACCGAUAACGGCUCAAGGCCACAGCCGUCAUCAAAUCGUCAUAGAGUUCGGCAAAACUUUAGCUCAUGGGCCGCUGGAAGCAGGAGGAGGAGACCCACUUCUGUAGAGUACCAUGACUCUUUUAACAAGGAUGUCAUUCUACUCCCUGACCCCACAUGGGAGUUUGUAUGCAAGCAAAGGUCCAAGCACUUCUUGCAUGAAAAUGGUCACAUCCUCAGUGCAUUUGAGUUUCAUAAAUCCUGGAACCAGUCGACUGUAUUCCAACAGAUUCGGGAUGAGUUUAAACCCAGAAUUCCUGAUGAUGUGAGCCUGCAGUUUCUAAUGGCCUGUGGUAAUAAACUUGUGAAACCUAAACUAAAAGAAGGUCAAGAGUUGGAUGGUCACAUGCUCCAUAAGGUCUUCAGGUCAAAAGCCUUGUAUGUCAAACCAUCAGUUGCUAUUCUUCGUUACAACAGCGAUACUGAUGAUCAGUCCAGUGCUGUGCAGGAGGGUCCCAGCACUAGAUCCAAGUCAAGGGCCAAUCAGCUCAUAGAAGAGGGUGGUGCCGUUAUGCUGGAUGACACAGCCACCCCCAGCCUGCCACUCAACUGUGAUCUUCAGACCACAAUCUCUCCGCCUCAUACCAACAACUCCAGCUCCAGCUCUCUCCUACCCAAUCAAAAUGCCAGCGUUGAUCCAGUGACAAGUGUCACUAUGAUGACUUCAUCUGUCACAGUCUCCAGCUCGACCAGUGUCCCCACAUCUGACUAUUCGUCAUAUGUUACCUUAAUGAGAGAUUUCUCAGAUUUAUCGUCAGAUGAUGAGGACUUAAACCGUGCAAUAGUAGCUAGCCUUGAAACUGAACAAGCCCAGGCCACCCAGAUGCACAAUGCCUCUGCUAAGGAGAUCCUCUCAGAGUUGGCUGAGAAAAUCUCAACAAAUAUCCGCUGUAAAUUUAAUAUAAACCGCUCUGCAGUCUUGGAUGGUGCCUUCCGGGGUUUCAAUCGGGCCACGUACAACCCCAAUGCCACAAUGAACAUCAAAUUUUCGGAUGAUCUAGGGAGGAAUGAAGAGGCAGUGGAUUUGGGAGGACCAAGGAGGGAGUUCCUACGCCUUCUAAUGGAAGCGUUGAUAAUGAGCUCCAUGUUUGAGGGAUCCGCUUAUAGUCAGAAUCUGGCACUUGAUAUUGCAGCCCACAGAGAGGACCGCUAUUUCCUUGCUGGAAGAGCUGUCGCUGUCAGUCUUGUUCAUGGAGGGCCUCCACCUACUUUCCUCUCCACAACACUAUUUGACUGCUUGGCUGCAGGCAGCCAUACAACCAAGCCAGUGAUGGAGGACAUUGCAGACACAGACAUCUACAAUCAAGUGAAAAGGGUGUCCCAAUGUUCUACAUUUGAGGACCUCAUUGCUGCAACUCAACCGAUGCAGGAUUAUUUGGCUAACGCAGGGUGUCUUCGUCCACUGAGAAAGAUUGAGGACAAGGAACAGCUUGUUCGUGAUAUCAUCAUGUUUCAAGUUGUGCACCGGGUUGAAGCCCCAUUCCAAAGGUUCCAAGAGGGGCUUAAAACCCUUGGGGUUUUGGAGAAGCUCCAGAAGAACCCAGACAGCUUCCGCCCUCUAUUCUGCCACCAGCAAUCAGGACUGACUGCUGAGAUAAUGGAUGAUUUGUUCACCAUCCAUCUAUCUUCACCAGGCAGCAACAAGAGGAGAGCAGAGGAGGUAGUGGUUCCUUUCUGGAGAGACUACCUUAUUGAUGUGGAAGAUGAAGAGGGUCCUUCCAAACUUGAGAUAAUCCUUGCCUUCGCCACAGGAGCAACAGUGAUUCCACCAAUUGGCUUCAUCCCUACACCAUCUAUUGGUUUCCUACAUGAAGAGGAGUAUGGAGACUCUGCUGUGUCAAACCUUCCUAUCGCAAAUACAUGUAUUAACUGUCUCAAGCUGCCUUUGCACAGCUCCUACUCUGUGUUCAAGGACAAAAUGGACUUUGCCUUUGCCAAUACACACGGGUUCGGCAGAGCUUAAAUUGUUGUAGACAGAAUAAUGUUGUUAUACGGUAAAAACUGUUCGUUUGAUGACUUCUUUAGUAGCAAAGGAAGCAGUGGGAUCACUGUUAAGUUCUUGUAAUGUGAG